GGGAGCCCAGUCAGACGGUGAGAAUUGACGCGGGUCCGAGAGAGCGGCGGGACGCUGCCUUCUACCGGGACCAUGAGGAGCGGUCAGACCUGUGGGGCCGAUAGCGGGAGCAGCCGCGGCACCUGCUGAGAGGAAAAGAGGGAGCGGCCGGGUGCGGCGGCGCGGCUGGGGUACGGCGGAGGCUCGCCGGUGCCUCGGCCAUGUCACUGCUCUGUGUACGCGUUAAAAGAGCCAAAUUCCAGGGCUCACCAGAUAAAUUUAACACAUAUGUGACCCUGAAAGUGCAGAAUGUGAAGAGCACAACUGUAGCAGUUCGUGGUGAUCAACCUUCUUGGGAACAAGAUUUUAUGUUUGAAAUUAGUCGCCUGGACCUAGGUCUAAGUGUGGAGGUAUGGAACAAAGGACUGAUCUGGGACACCAUGGUGGGGACCGUGUGGAUUGCACUGAAGACUGUUCGUCAGUCGGAUGAGGAAGGGCCUGGGGAGUGGUCCACAUUGGAGGCAGAGACAUUGAUGAAAGAUGAUGAGAUCUGUGGAACGAAAAACCCGACUCCUCAUAAGAUUUUGCUUGAUACAAGGUUUGAGUUGCCUUUUGAUAUCCCAGAGGAGGAAGCCAGAUAUUGGACCUACAAGUUGGAACAAAUCAAUGUCUUGGGAGCUGAUAGUGAGUGUUCCAGUCAAGAAGAAAACCAGAGGAAGCCAUUGCCCACUGCUGCCGCCCAGUGUUCUUUUGAAGAUCCUGAUAGUGCUGUUGAUGACCGAGAUAGUGACUAUCGCAGCGAGACCAGCAAUAGCAUCCCACCUCCUUACCAUACGACUUCCCAGCCCAACGCUUCUGUGCAUCAGUUCCCCGUGCCAGUGCGAUUGCCGCAACAGCUGCUACUUCAGGGCAAUUCCCGGGAUUCCUACAAUGACUCUAUGCAAAGUUACGAUCUUGAUUAUCCAGAGCGGCGAGCCCUCAGCCCCACCAGCAGUAGUAGGUAUGGCUCCUCCUGUAAUGUAAGUCAAGGAAGCUCUCAGUUGAGUGAACUAGACCAGUGUCACGAACAAGAUGAUGACCGUCGGGAGAGGGACUCAACUCAUUCGUGCCACAGCUCUGGCAGCUUCUCCAGAGAUGGCCAAGCGGGUUUUGGAGAACAAGAGAAAGCCUUGGAGGUAACAGGUGAAGAAGAGAAGGGGAGAGCAUUUGAACCCAAGGAGAGGAAAGAAGAUGCCUCAAUCCAUCCUCCUCCAGAUCUGGUGCUACACAAAGACCACGUCCUAGGCCCCCAGGAGAGUUUUCCUGAGGAGAAUGCUUCUUCGCCAUUUACCCAAGCCAGAGCACACUGGAUCCGAGCAGUUACCAAGGUUCGACUCCGGCUGCAGGAGAUUCCAGAUGAUGGUCACUCCUCUUUGCCUCAGUGGCUCCCAGAAGGGCCAGCUGGAGGGCUCUAUGGCAUUGACAGCAUGCCAGAUCUACGCAGAAAGAAGCCACUGCCGCUUGUCAGUGAUUUGUCAUUGGUCCAGUCCCGGAAGGCAGGGAUUACUUCUGCAAUGGCUACACGCACAUCUCUCAAGGAUGAAGAGCUGAAAUCCCAUGUGUAUAAGAAAACUCUGCAGGCCUUAAUCUACCCCAUCUCGUGCACUACACCCCACAACUUUGAGGUCUGGACGGCCACUACCCCAACCUACUGCUAUGAGUGUGAAGGUCUGCUUUGGGGCAUCGCCCGGCAAGGCAUGCGCUGCAGCGAGUGUGGAGUCAAGUGCCAUGAGAAGUGCCAGGACCUGCUCAACGCCGACUGCCUGCAGCGGGCUGCAGAAAAGAGUUCUAAACAUGGAGCUGAGGACCGGACCCAGAAUAUAAUCAUGGCCAUGAAGGACCGCAUGAAGAUCCGAGAGCGGAAUAAGCCAGAGAUCUUUGAGGUUAUCCGAGAUGUCUUUACUGUGAGCAAAGUUGCCCAUGUGCAACAGAUGAAAACAGUGAAGCAGAGUGUAUUGGAUGGCACCUCCAAAUGGUCGGCCAAAAUUACCAUCACUGUGGUGUGUGCCCAGGGCCUACAAGCCAAGGACAAGACAGGAUCCAGUGACCCUUACGUGACUGUGCAAGUGGGCAAAACCAAGAAGCGUACCAAGACUAUUUUUGGGAACCUGAAUCCUGUUUGGGAAGAGAAGUUCCAUUUCGAGUGCCACAACUCUUCUGACCGCAUUAAGGUACGUGUAUGGGAUGAGGAUGAUGACAUCAAGUCAAGAGUAAAGCAGCGGCUGAAACGAGAAUCCGAUGAUUUCCUUGGCCAAACCAUUAUAGAGGUUCGGACACUGAGUGGCGAGAUGGAUGUCUGGUACAACUUGGAGAAGAGGACAGAUAAAUCAGCUGUCUCAGGGGCUAUCCGACUACAAAUCAGUGUGGAGAUCAAGGGGGAGGAGAAGGUAGCACCAUAUCAUGUGCAGUAUACGUGUCUCCAUGAGAACCUUUUCCAUUACCUCACAGACAUUCAGGGUAGUGGAGGAGUCCUGAUCCCUGAGGCUCGAGGAGACGAUGCAUGGAAGGUGUACUUUGAUGAGACUGCCCAAGAAAUUGUGGAUGAAUUUGCCAUGCGCUAUGGCAUCGAGUCCAUAUAUCAGGCCAUGACGCACUUUGCAUGUUUGUCAUCCAAGUACAUGUGUCCUGGUGUGCCUGCAGUGAUGAGCACCUUACUGGCCAACAUCAAUGCUUAUUAUGCCCACACAACUGCCUCCACCAAUGUUUCUGCAUCUGAUCGCUUUGCAGCCUCCAACUUUGGGAAAGAGAGAUUUGUGAAACUACUGGACCAGUUGCACAACUCACUGAGGAUUGACCUCUCUACCUACAGGAAUAAUUUCCCUGCUGGAAGCCCUGAGCGGCUUCAGGACUUAAAGUCAACAGUGGAUUUGCUGACCAGCAUUACUUUCUUCAGAAUGAAGGUGCAAGAACUUCAGAGCCCUCCAAGAGCCAGCCAAGUGGUAAAGGACUGUGUGAAGGCCUGUUUGAACUCCACAUAUGAGUAUAUCUUCAACAACUGCCAUGACUUGUACAGUCGCCAGUACCAGCUGAAACAGGAACUGCCUCCAGAGGAACAAGGACCCAGCAUUCGGAACCUGGAUUUUUGGCCCAAACUCAUCACGCUCAUUGUGUCAAUCAUAGAGGAAGAUAAGAAUUCCUACACACUCGUUCUGAACCAGUUUCCUCAGGAGUUGAAUGUGGGAAAAGUCAGCGCGGAAGUGAUGUGGCAGCUCUUUGCCCAAGACAUGAAAUAUGCACUGGAGGAGCAUGAGAAAGACCGGCUGUGUAAGAGCGCUGACUACAUGAACCUACACUUCAAGGUGAAGUGGCUCCACAAUGAAUACGUGCGAGAUCUGCCUGCCCUCCAGGGGCAGGUGCCUGAGUACCCAGUGUGGUUUGAACAGUUUGUCCUGCAAUGGCUGGAUGAAAAUGAGGAUGUGUCCCUGGAAUUCCUGCGUGGGGCCCUGGAACGAGAUAAGAAGGAUGGGUUCCAGCAGACAUCAGAGCAUGCACUCUUUUCCUGCUCUGUGGUGGACGUCUUCACACAGCUAAACCAGAGCUUUGAAAUCAUCCGGAAGCUGGAAUGCCCAGACCCCAGCAUCCUUGCCCACUACAUGAGGAGAUUUGCUAAGACCAUCGGGAAGGUGCUGAUGCAAUAUGCAAAUAUCUUAUCAAAGAGCUUCCCAGAUUAUUGCACAAAGGAGAAAAUGCCCUGCAUCCUGAUGAACAACAUGCAGCAACUGAGGGUCCAGCUGGAGAAAAUGUUUGAGGCCAUGGGAGGCAAGGAGUUGGACCCUGAAGCUGCAGACAGUUUGAAGGAGCUGCAGGUGAAACUGAAUACAGUUUUGGAUGAACUCAGCAUGGUAUUUGGAAACAGUUUUCAGGUGCGGAUUGAUGAGUGUGUUCGACAAAUGGCUGACAUCCUGGGCCAGGUUCGGGGCCCAGGGAAUGCAUCCCCCAACGCCAGGGCUUCAGUGGCUCAGGAUGCAGAUAGUGUGCUCCGGCCUCUCAUGGACUUCCUGGAUGGCAACCUCACACUCUUUGCCACUGUGUGUGAGAAGACAGUCCUGAAGCGUGUACUGAAGGAGCUCUGGCGGGUGGUGAUGAACACAAUGGAAAGGAUGAUUGUUCUGCCCCCACUCACUGACCAGACGGGCACCCAGCUAAUCUUCACCGCUGCCAAGGAGCUGAGCCAUCUUUCCAAACUCAAGGACCACAUGGUACGAGAGGAAACCCGGAAUCUCACUCCAAAGCAGUGUGCCGUCCUUGACCUCGCUCUGGACACCAUCAAGCAAUACUUUCAUGCAGGAGGUAAUGGGCUGAAGAAAACCUUCCUGGAGAAGAGCCCAGAUCUGCAGUCCCUACGCUAUGCCCUAUCUCUGUACACACAGACCACCGACACACUCAUCAAAACCUUUGUGCGCUCACAGACUGCCCAGGUGCAUGAUGGGAAAGGUAUUAGGUUUACAGCUAAUGAGGACAUUCGGCCGGAAAAGGGGUCUGGUGUAGAUGAUCCUGUGGGAGAAGUGUCCAUUCAGGUGGACUUGUUUACACAUCCUGGAACUGGGGAGCACAAGGUCACAGUGAAAGUGGUAGCAGCCAAUGACCUCAAGUGGCAGACAGCAGGUAUGUUCCGGCCCUUUGUGGAAGUGACCAUGGUUGGCCCACACCAAAGUGACAAGAAGAGGAAGUUCACAACCAAAUCAAAGAGCAACAACUGGGCCCCCAAGUACAAUGAGACAUUUCACUUCCUCCUGGGAAAUGAAGAGGGACCAGAAGCCUAUGAGUUGCAAAUAUGUGUGAAGGAUUACUGCUUUGCCCGUGAGGAUCGUGUUCUGGGGCUGGCUGUGAUGCCUCUGAGGGAUGUGGCAGCCAAGGGCAGCUGUGCUUGCUGGUGCCCCUUGGGCCGGAAGAUCCACAUGGAUGAGACAGGAAUGACUAUUCUCCGGAUUCUAUCUCAGAGGAGCAAUGACGAAGUGGCUCGAGAGUUUGUGAAGCUCAAAUCGGAGUCUCGUUCCAUAGAAGAGGAGAGCUGAGCACCUAGGUUCCUGUGCCAACCAGAUGGCAUCAGUUCCACAAAUCAGUGCCAGUGAGAGUUACUGUGUAGUCAGCUUAAGGUCCUCAUAGUUGAGAGGCUGACUCCUUCAGUUUGAGGACAUUAAAGGAAAAAUUUGGGGUGAUGAAACUAUGGCUUUUCACAGAAAGGGUCACGAAUCCCUGACCAGCAGGUCUGUGGUGCUAGGAGCUGGGCUGUGGGUAUUACUGCAUAGGGAAGUUUUCCAUAAAGGGAGGGACAAACAUUUCUGAGAGUAUCAGCCAUUCUUUGUAGACACCCCUCUCCAUGCCACACCUUAUCCAGCUAGACCCAUACAUAUCAACCAUUAGAAGAACAAGUUUAGAGAGCCUGGAGCAUGUAUCUGGUUAGCUAAAUAGUCAGUUGAGCCUCAAGGUGUUGCUGAGCCCUAUAGUCUGGAUUGGAGUAUGGCCGGGGCAGGAAUGUACAGAAGAGAAUUUAGAGUCUCCCUUGAGCAGGAUCCACUGGUUUUGUGUGGCUCCAUGAAAACAAGGCUUUGAGACUGAACAAGAUACCUUCUGGAAAUGAGCUGUGCUAAUCUUUUUCCCCAAAUAUGUCAUGAGUAGAAUGAGGUUCACAUGAUACUUCAGAGCCCUGAGCAGAAUAUUCCAAAGAGGCCACCUGCCCAGGAGUCCCCCUCCUUCACUCCUGUAGGAAGGGGAACAAUGUUGUUUCAGAACAUGAGAGGCUAUUCCUCUGUGUGUGCAUCUGAGGGCUAGUUGAAGGAUCCAGGAAAGAGGGCUGUAUUUUCUUCUUGGAUAGACUCUGAACAAAGCCAAAAAUUGUAGAAACCAGUCUAGAAGGAGUCCUCUUCACCUAUGGCUACUGCCUUCUGGUUGUUCUCUCCUUUGCAGAAGGAAUCUAGUCUUUGGCCUCACUCCCUUUCAUCUAGGUCAGCUGCUGUUCGCCUCACAGAUGUUCAACCCUACAGAAGGAGCUUGGACUAUGAUCCCUCUGUACAGGCUGGAUAGAGGGGCCAUCAACAUUCCUUGGGAAGUCAAAGACAAAUUCUUUUAGAAGGUCAUAUGAACUUCUCAGCCCUUGAUCAGAGAAGUGACAUGGUUCUUGGAUAUCCUUGGUAGCAGCCUCCUGGACCUCUUGAGGACUCCAUGUUAUCCACAGCUGUACCAGCCAUUACAUAUAACAAGAAACUAAGCAUCUUUGCUGUUGUUAAUUACUGUAUGUGCCAUUGUCACAGGACACUUUUGGCUAGUCUAUAAUAAAUUAUCUU